CUGCUCCCACCUGUGCCUGGCCCAGCCCGCAGACGGGGCAUGACCUGUGCCUGCCCCACCCACUACCAGCUGGCCAAGGACGGGGUCUCCUGCAAGAACUACAUCAUCUUCACGAUAGACUGCUCGAAUGUGCCGCUGUCAGUGUCCGGCAAGAAUAUCCGCGCCGUGGACUAUGAUCCGAUCUCGCAUUACAUUUACUGGAUCGAAGGCAGGAGUCACAGCAUCAAGCGUUCUCUGGCAAAUGGCACAAAGGUGAGCCUCUUGGCCAACUCCGGACAGCCGUUCGACAUUGCAAUCGACAUCAUUGGGCGGCUGCUCUUCUGGACCUGCUCCUACUCCAACAGCAUUAACGUGACAAGCGUUGCCUCUUUUAGCUUCCUGGGUGAAUCCGUAGGCGUCAACGAUACCGGGGACUCGGAGAAGCCUCGCAACAUUGCCGUGCAUGCCAUGAAGCGUUUGCUCUUCUGGACAGAUGUCAGCAGCCAUCAGGCCAUCAUUCGGGCCCGAUUCGAAGGCAGUGAGCGUGUGGAGCUGGCCUACAAGCUGGAAGGAGUCACGGCGCUGGCCCUGGACCAACAGUCCGACUACAACAGUCUACUAUGCCCAUGGCAAGUGAAUCAAUGUGAUAGACCUCAAAGGAAAGAACAAGUAAGCAACCAAUAUGGAGACCCGACCCUCUGAACACAUGUGUA